AUGCCCUUUCGGCAGGCCGAUCACCUAACAGAUGUUAUGAAGAGAAUGUUCCCUGAUAGCGAAAUCGCCAAAAAAUUAACUAUGAAAAGAACAAAGGCUUCAUAUGUGAUGCAGGAUGGGAUCGCCAGUCAUGAGGUAGACUCUUUGGCAGAAAUUUGCAGAACACAGAAAUUUUCGCUACUCAUUGACGAAUCAACUGAUGUAUCGGUGACACAGAUUUUAGCAGUAGUGGUUAGGUUCUUUCACAAACGAAAGGUAACUGAUGCUCUGCUGGCUGCAGUAGAAGUAGAAGACGGUUCUGCAGAAAGUUUGUACGCCGCUGUGCGAAGUCAAUUCCGAUGA